UCCCGACGCCUCGCCGAGCUCCGGCCGCUCGCCAGCCCCGCUCCUGCUCCCUGCUCCCUGCUCCAGCCUCGCCGCCGCCGCCACCAUGAGCCAGUCCUACUCCUCCAGCCAGCGGGUCUCUUCCUACCGCCGCACCUUCGGCGGCACCUCCCCGGUCUUCCCCCGCGCCUCCUUCGGGAGCAAGGGCAGCGGCAGCUCCGUCACCUCCCGCGUCUACCAGGUGUCGCGCACCUCGGCCGUGCCCAGCUUCUCCACCUUCCGCACCACCCGCGUGACGCCCCUGCGCUCCUACCAGAGCGCCUACCAGGGUGCCGGCGAGCUGCUGGACUUCAGCCUGGCCGAUGCCAUGAACCAGGAGUUCCUCCAGACCCGCACCAACGAGAAGGUGGAGCUGCAGGAGCUCAACGACCGCUUCGCCAACUACAUCGAGAAGGUGCGCUUCCUGGAGCAGCAGAACGCCCUGAUGGUGGCCGAGGUGAACCGCCUGCGGGGCAAGGAGCCCACCCGCGUGGCCGAGAUGUACGAGGAGGAGCUGCGGGAGCUCCGCCGCCAGGUGGACGCGCUGACCGGCCAGCGGGCACGCGUGGAGGUGGAGCGCGACAACCUGCUCGAUGACCUGCAGAAGCUCAAGCAGAGGCUGCAAGAGGAGAUCCAGCUGAAGGAGGAGGCUGAGAACAACCUGGCCGCUUUCAGAGCUGACGUGGACGCGGCCACGCUGGCACGCAUUGACCUGGAGAGACGCAUCGAGUCGCUGCAGGAGGAGAUCGCCUUCCUCAAGAAGGUGCACGAAGAGGAAAUCCGGGAGCUGCAGGCCCAGCUGCAGGAGCAGCACAUCCAGGUGGAGAUGGACAUCUCCAAGCCCGACCUGACGGCUGCGCUGCGGGACAUCCGCGCGCAGUACGAGAGCAUCGCCGCCAAGAACAUCGCCGAGGCUGAGGAGUGGUACAAGUCCAAGGUGUCCGACCUGACGCAGGCGGCCAACAAGAACAACGACGCGCUGCGGCAGGCGAAGCAGGAGAUGAUGGAGUACCGGCACCAGAUCCAGUCCUACACCUGCGAGAUCGAUGCCCUCAAGGGCACGAACGACUCGCUGAUGCGCCAGAUGCGGGAGAUGGAGGAGCGCUUCACGGGGGAGGCCGGCGGGUACCAGGACACCAUCGCGCGGCUGGAGGAGGAGAUCCGGCACCUGAAGGACGAGAUGGCCCGGCACCUGCGCGAGUACCAGGACCUGCUCAACGUCAAGAUGGCCCUGGACGUGGAGAUCGCCACGUACCGCAAGCUGCUGGAGGGCGAGGAAAACCGGAUCAGCAUCCCCAUGCACCAGACCUUCGCCUCUGCGCUCAAUUUCCGAGAGACCAGCCCGGAGCAGCGCGGCUCUGAAGUGCACACCAAGAAGACCGUGAUGAUCAAGACCAUCGAAACCCGGGAUGGGGAGGUGGUGAGCGAGGCGACCCAGCAGCAGCACGAGGUGCUGUAGACGACGCUGCCCAGCGGCACCUUCCGUCCCUUCCUCCGUCCCGCCGCCCCGGCGCCCAGCCCCUGUCCUGACCCCCACCUCCCCCGUCCUUCCCCCCCCUGCCCGGGCACGGCCCGGGCUCCCCCCUACACCCCCGGGCUCUCUCCUUCGGCUUCGCAGCGCUUUGCAGCUUGGCAGCCAGCGUCAGGAUCAGGGCCGGGCCGGGGGGGCGGCAGCAAGGGACGGAGGGGACAGGCAGGACGGGGUGGGGGGAGCAGGUGGUGGCCUCGGCCAGCUCGCCGGAGAGCCGGAGGGUCCCAGCAGCGGGUUCUGGAUCCCCCCGCGCCCCGCAGCCCCCUCCC